CUUUUUUUCCGGCACGAUUGCAAAAGCCCGUUUGCACACAAAGCCGAGCCCAGGCGCGCUUGUCUGAGAGAGCGACGAAGACCGCCUGCUCGCCCGACCCACGCACCUCCCGGACCACCACGCCACCAUGGCCGCCGCCUCCCUGUCUCGCCUCUCUCGCCGCGCCUCCGCCGCCGCGGCGCCUUCCCUCCGCCGGAUCCUCUCCUCCACCGCCACCGCCCCAGCUGCGCCAUCGUCCUCACCACCCCACGUCGCAGCCGCGGCGGCAGGUGCGGAUCGGGUGCGGUGGGAUUACCGCGGGCAGCGGCAGCUAGUACCACUCGGGCAGUGGCUUCCCAAGGUGGCCGUCGACGCGUACGUUGCUCCCGACGCCGUGCUCGCCGGGCAGGUCACCGUCCACGACGGCGCCUCCGUCUGGAGCGGCUCCGUGCUGCGGGGCGACCUCAACAAGAUCACUCUUGGGUUCUGCGCCAACGUCCAGGAGCGGUCCGUCCUCCACGCCGCCUGGUCGGCCUCUACAGGUCUUCCAGCUGAGACCCUUGUUGACCGGUAUGUGACAGUGGGUGCGUACUGUCUUCUGCGCUCAUGCACUAUUGAACCUGAGUGCAUCAUCGGUCAGCAUUCCAUCCUAAUGGAAGGCUCAUUGGUUGAAACUAACUCAGUCCUUGAAGCUGGCUCCGUCCUGGCCCCAGGGAGGAGGAUUCCGACUGGCGAACUCUGGGCUGGCAACCCUGCCAGGUUUGUUAGGAAGCUGACCAACGAAGAGAUAAUGGAGAUUCCAAAGCUCGCUGUGGCCAUCAAUGAUCUUAUGCAAAGCCAUUUCUCGGAGUUUCUCCCAUACUCUAAUGCUUAUUUGGAGGUAGAGAAGCUGAAGAAGUCGUUUUCAAUUCCUUUGUAAGAUCAUGUUUUCCCUUUCCCAGCAAAUGAGUGAGGAAAUAAAGCAGCCCGAAUACUAGAAUCUCUGUAUUCAAUCUAAUUUGUAGCCUGGGUACAUCUGUUACGUUGAAUUUUUUGUUCAUGGUUGUCAACUGGGGACACCCUGCACAGCAGGAAUUGUACCUCGUUGCACCUUUGUUCGGCAGUGCAACGCACAUACCUGUUUUCCCCUCACAUUGAACAUAUUUUAUGGGUAGAAAUUUGCUUUCUGUGCCA